AUGGCGUCGACACCUGCAACGAGCAACAGCGGUGGUGAUGGCACCUUCCCCGUGCUUGGCCUGCUUCCCAAGCAGGAGACGGAGGCUUGGGAGUUUCUCAAGGCGAACCCGCAGCUCGAUGGCAGGGGCGUGAAGGUGGCUAUCUUCGACACAGGCGUCGACCCGGCCGCCAGCGGGCUUCAGGUGUGCCCGGACGGUAGCCCCAAGGUGCUCGACAUCGUCGACUGCACGGGAUCCGGGGACGUGGACACCUCCACCGUGCUCAAGGGGGGCUCCGUGACUACCGCUGCCGACGGCGUCCGCGAGAUCAAGGGGCUCUCUGGCAGGACCCUCCGCCUCAACCCCAAGUGGACCAACCCCAGCGGGGAAUGGCGCGUGGGCAUCAAGCGCGCCUACGGGCUGUUCCCGAAGCUGCUGGUGACGCGGGUCAAGGCCGAGCGGCGCAAGGAUUGGGACAAGAAGCACCUCGCAGCGGAGGCGGCUGUUGCCCGCGAGAUCUCGGCGUGGAAGGCGACGCACCCCAACCCCAACCCCACGGACAAGAAGUUCCUGCUGGACCUUGAGGCGAGGGCGGCGCACCUGGAGGAGAGCAAGGCCAGCCUUGACGACCCUGGGCCGCUGCACGACUGCGUUGUGUGGAAAGGAGGAGGCGGUGUUGAGGGCGGCGGGGAGGAGGAGAGGUGGUGGGCGGCGGUGGACACCAAGGAGGACGGGGAUCUUACUCAAGCCGUCGCCAUGACGGACUUCGACAAGCUGCGGCAGCACGGUCGUUUCAGCGACGUGGCCUGCCUCAACUUCGGCGUGCACGUGUACGACGACGGGAACGUUCUGUCCAUCGUCGUCGACGCCGGGGCGCACGGGACUCACGUAGCAGGUAUCGUGGCCGCCUACUACCCGGAGGACCCUGAAGCUAACGGAGUGGCGCCGGGGGCACAGAUCGUCUCCCUCAAGAUCGGGGACUCUCGUCUGGGUUCGAUGGAGACCGGCGUCGGCGUCGUGCGCGCGGUGACCGAGGCCGUGAGGAUGGGGUGUGACGUCAUCAACAUGAGCUACGGGGAGGCGGCGGCCCUGUGCGACAGUGGGAGGGUCUCCGACGUGGUCCGUGACGCGUCCAUCAAGCACGGCAUCUUGUUCCUUGGGUCGGCCAUGAACGCCGGCCCGGCUCUUACUACCGUCCAGGCCCCGGGGGGAUCAACCCGGGGCUUGAUGGGCGUGGGCGCUUACGCGAGCCCUAGUUUGAUGUCGGCCUCCUUUUCUAUGAGGGAAACCCUCGAGGGCGGAAACUUCACGUGGACCAGCGCAGGGCCCACCGCCGACGGCGACAUCGGCGUGAGCGUGAUGGCUCCCGGAGGCGCCAUCUCCCCCGUACCCAACUGGACUCUGCAGAAGAAGCAGCUCAUGAUGGGGACCAGCAUGGCCAGCCCCAACUGCGCCGGCGUGGUGUCGCUGCUGCUCUCGGGCAUGAAGCGGAAGUUUCCCGGCAAGAAGUUCAGCGUGCACAGGGUACGAAGAGCGCUGGAGAACACGGCGAAACGCCUGCCGGCGUUGGAGACCCUCGUGCAGGGCCAGGGGCUGGUCCAGGUGGCGGCCGCGUUCGAGUACUUGUCCAAGCACGCCCUCGAUGACAGCGAGGACGUGGAAUACAAGGUGACGGUGUCCGGCGGGAAGCGCGGGGUGUACCUGCGGCAGCUGGACGAGGUGACAAGGAAGACCCAGUGGGCCGUGACGGUCAAGCCCGUGCUGCACGAAGACGACCACAACGACAAGAGGACGGAUUUCGAGAUGAGGCUACGGCUUUCUUGCAACGGAGACUGGGUGGAGUGCUCGUCGGACCUGGAGCUGCUGCACAGCGGCCGCGCCUUCGUGAUCGCCGUGGACCCUACCAAGCUCGCCCCGGGCCUCCAUUACACGUGCAUUGAAGGCCUUGCGCCACAAGCCAAUCCGAAAGCGACUAGGCUAGGUUUCCAACUACCGCUGCGCAGAGCGACCGGCUUCUUUUCGCUGCCAGGGUACGAUGUGGCUUCCCCCGGGAAGGGCCCCAUGUUCCGUGUGCCGUUGACGGCUCUCAUCCCCACCAAGCCGGAAUACCUGACAGUCCCGAAGGGGGGUUUGACGGCGCAGCUCGUCGGGCCGGGGGACGAUGGUGCUGCGUACGGACCGGGCAAGGUGGUCCGCAGAUUUAUCCACCCCCCCCACGGGGCCUCGUGGAUGGACAUCGAGGUGAAGGACUGCAGGGAAGCCGCCGAAGCACCGGACGGAACCAGGAGGAUGAUGGUCCUGCACUGCGUGCAGCUGCUGCCGCAUACACCUCACAGAGAUGCCGAGUGCCACAAGUACAUGAACAUGAACCCUGGGCAGAAAGAGGUGCACUCGAUGAGGCUGGAGCCCUGUGCAGGGGUGGAGGUAAGCCUCGCUCAAAACUGGAGUGCUAUCGGGCCAACUUCGGCCGAGGUCAGCGUCACCUUCCGAGGCGUUUCUCCUUCGCCGGAUGUCAUCCGGCUCCAUGGGGGCUCUUCCCAUGCACAGGUGGUCGUCUCGGCGCCGCUGUCGAUGCAGGAGCUUUUACCUUCGGCGUCCCUGAACAAGUGGUGCACGCUCGUAGCCCCCUCGAAGGGUACCAUCUCCGCCCUCGGGCCGCGUGACGUCACCCCAGACGGCAGGCAGACGUACGGCCUGCUACUGGAAUACUCGUUCAAGCAGGCGGACGCCGGGGAGGUGACCCCUCGGCUGGCGGCACUGAACGGCUACCUCUACGACAGCGCCUACGAGGCGCAGAUGUGCAUGAUCUUCGACUCGAACAAGAAGCUGCUGGCGGUGAACGACUGCUGGCCGGAAGCCACCAAGCUGGCGAAGGGGGAACACACCGUCAGGGUGCACGUCAGGCAUCCGGACCAAUCAGCGCUGAAGAGGCUCAAGUCCCACCCCCUCAUGCUCAUCCGCAAGCUUUCCAGCAGCCUGGCUGUGCCCGUGCACGCGACCGUGAUCGGCGUCUCGACAGCGGCCAAGGCUCCUCCGGCUCUCUGCCUCGACAAGGGGCACUCGGCGGCGUACUUUUUCGCGGAGCCCAACCAGGAAAAGCUCCCCAAGGGAGUCAAACCCGGCGACCUGUUCACCGGCACGGCUUCCUACGUGCGCAACAAGACCAACGGAGGGGGCGACGGCAAGAGGCCCGGAGGGUACCCCAUCUCCUACAUCGCGGGCCCCGCUGCCCCGAAGGCCGCCGAGGCUUCCCAAGAUACCGCAACUCCCGCCCCCUCGGACAAGGGGGGCGGCGGCAAGGAGGGGGAGGCAGCCGCCGCCGGAGCCCCCGCUACGGAGACGGAGAAGAUGCUGGACGCCCUCCGAGACUUGCGUGUGAAGCACCUGGAGAACUGCAAGGCCAAGACGGCCGAGGCCUUCCAGGAGUUGCACAACACCGCCAAGGACCAGAUUCGAGCGGAUGGCCGCACCGAUCCGGACACGUUCCUGCCGCUGCUGCUGGCCAGGCUGCACUUCCUCGACAGGGAAGGCGUGAGGCGGGGGGUGGAGGCGGAGAAGGCGACGGAAGGGGCGGGGUCGGACACCGGCGACGCGGGAGGUGCUGGUGAAGGGAGAGGAAGCGGCGGUGUUGCAGGGGGGGGUGAGAAGAAGAGAAAGGAUGCGGAACUGGCGGCUUUGAGGGCGGUGGUCGCCGCAGCGGAUGACGUCGUCACCACCAUUGAUCAGGCUGAGGUGGCCAAGCAGUUCGGCACAAACGUGGACACGGAAGACUCCGGCAUGGUCACCGCCCGGAAGGAGUUCGACGAGAAGAAGAAGGCGUUGGCGGAUGCGUUCGCGAGGAAGGCCCGCGCUCUUGCUGACGUGGAGGAUAUUCUCGGAGAAUCCGAGAUGACCAAGGCUAGCAGCCCCUUCCUCGCGGCUUACUCUGACCUCCUACGGUGGGCUGAUGUUGGAGAAGACAAGCACGCCAAGGUGUCUCUUGCUUUCCUCCGCCGCAAGAGGCGCCUGGGCAUGAUGGUCAAGCUUCUCUCCAAGCUCAUCUCCUCCUCCUCCAAGACGGUUUCCAAGGAAGAGGCGUCGACAGCACGGGCCAAGGUGUUCGAGGAGCUUGGAUGGGAUCACCUAGUGGAGGGAGACAAGAAGUGGGCGGUGCUGGGGCACCCGAAGUCCUUCGCUCUGUUCUAG